CAUGUGUAUAAACCACGUCCACAUAUUCCAUAUUUUUUUUGAAAAGCACCCAAAGCCUUGUGUACAACCCACUGAAGCUGAAAGUAGUUGCUAAUUUAUAUAGGUGUUAAUGGUAUAUGCUUGAUUCUAUUUUGGUCUUCUAAUUAGUUAUAUUACAAAUCUUUGUUUUGUUUAUGGUUUAAGUUGUUUCUUCCACUUCCGAAAGAGCUUCCAACAACAACAUUGGUCCACUUGAAAUACCUAUUUAUGGAAUGGAUAUGGUUAAGGCACAAAUAUGCGGUAUCUUUUCUUGUUCAUUUGAUCAGAAGCUCUCCAAACCUGGAGAAACUUAAGCUAGAGAUUUCAGUCGAUGAUGACUUGUUUGAUGAAUCUAUUACGGGCUUCGUUACGCUUGAUGAUUAUUCAGAUAUUAUGUUGGAGUAUCUUAACGAAUUGGAGAUUCUACAUUUUAGCGACGCCGAUAAUGAGUUGGAUUUUGUGAAGCUUAUAUUGGCUAAGUCACCUGUACUAAAGAAGGUGAGAAUACUCCUAUGGGAUCAAUUUGAUAAAGAUGAAAGAUUGCGGAUUUCACAAAUGUUUUUACACUCCCCAUGCGCAUCGCCUGUAGUAAAACUCAGUGUAAGUUGAAAUCCACUCAUUUGUAGCACUUGGGGGUUUUGUUUGCUGUUUAGUGAAAUGAACAAUUUUGUUUCUACCUCAUAUGGGAUUUUGACAAUUAUGAUCUUUUGCAACUUGAAUUUGUUAAAAUGUUAUUUUCCACAUGUAUUAGUGCAAAGGGCAAGAUUGUGACUGGGGACAAGAUUGCAUUGUUUCUGUAUCGAGUCAGAUAGUUUGUUGAGG